AUGAGCUACAACCCUUCUUACUGCUGGAUCCUCGGUUGGGCACUGGGCCCCUUCUUCACACAAAGACACAGGGACCCGCAGCGAGUUCCCAAGACCAUCACCCAACUCUAUUCCUACUAUAUUUACAACACCUUAAAAAACCACGGCCGUGAGAUUGAAAGCCCCCGUGAUGUGUUACUGAGGUACACAUUCCUACACCUCACCAUCCAAGAGUUUGUAGCCGCACUGGCACAAUUCCUGACUCCCGAUCGCAGGGAUAUCCUGAAACUCCUCACUGAAGCCCACAGCACGACAGACGGGCGAUUUGAGGUAUUUCUCCGUUUUGUUGCUGGUAUCUCCUUCCCAGGGGCAGCUCGGGGGCUGGAGGAGUUUCUGGGUCCAUUUCCCCAUCAAACCAUCUGCCGAGUGAUUGACUGGGUGAAGGAGGAGGUGAAACGUCAGAGUGGAAACACAGAGAGUCUAACUGGUAAAAGGAGCCUCCUGAACACACUGUACUACCUAUUUGAGUCUCAGAACCGUGGACUGGCUCAGGCCGCACUGGGAGCUGUGGAAACACUUUCAUUCAGUGGAUUGCGACUGACCCCGAUUGACUGCGCCGUCCUGUCUCAUGUCAUUGGGCUCUGUGAUACAAUAAAACACCUCGAUCUGUGGGACUGCUUCAUUCGGUGUGAAGGCCUCCAGCGGCUGGGACCCGGGCUGCACAAAUGCAUGGUGUUGGGACUGGGACUCAAUGACCUGGGAGAUUCGGGAGUGAAACUGGUGUCUGCGUCUCUGAGGGACCCGGAGUGUAAAAUACAGAAACUGUGGCUGAGGGGUGUCGGUCUGACAGAUUCUGGUGCCGAGGAUCUCGCUUCCGCUCUCAGUACUAAUCGCUCACUGACGGAGCUGGACCUGAGUUACAACAAUAUGGGAGAUUCGGGAGUGAACCUGGUGUCAGCUGCUCUGAGGGACCCGGAGUGUAAACUACAGACACUGCGGUUGGGGUGGAACCGUCUCACAGAUUCUGGUGCCCAGGGUCUCGCCUCCGCUCUCAGAACAAACCGUUCACUGAAGGAGCUGGACCUGAGUGGUAGUAAACUGGCAGAUUCGGGAGUGAAACUGGUGUCUGCGGCUCUGAGGGACCGGGAGUGUAAAAUACAGAGACUGCGACUGGGGGUGAACCGUCUCACAGAUUCUGGUGCCAAGGUUCUCGUCUCCGCUCUCAGUGCAAACCGCUCACUGAUGGAACUAGACCUGGGAUCAAACUCCGUCACAGACGGAUCUGUCCCCGCUCUCCGCCGCCUCAUGCUGACCCUCCCGAGUCUGGAGCAGAUCAGGCUGGAGGGGAAUCGGUUCAGUCCGACCGGAGAGAAGGAAUUGAGGUCGCUGCAGGAACCCAGAUCCAGACUGAGGGUGAACGUGUGA